CAUCCAUACGUCCCACAGACACCAGACCAGCUGCACUAGAGCGAGUUGCUGUGACCCACACCUUGCCGCGGCCGACUGCUUCCCCAACGCGACCCAUCGCCGAACGAGAACAUGGCCUCUGCCGCCUGCUGCGCUGCUGGUCCUCCAGUCGCGUGUGACUACACCCCCAAAGGCACCAUCUCCAAGAUCGGGGACGUCGACACGUACUUCGUCGGGUCUGGCCCCAAGGCCCUCGUGGUCGUGUACGACAUCUUCGGCUUCAGCCCUCAACUCAAACAGGUCUGCGACAUGUUCGCGGCCGCCGGCUUCAAUGUGGCCAUGCCCGACUUUUGCAAGGGAAACCCUUGGCCUCUGGAAAACUUCCCGCCUAAGGACAGGAGCGAACUCGGGGCGUGGUUCGGUACAACCGGGAAAUGGGAGACGUCCAUCCGCCCUACGUUCAUCCCCGCUGUUGCCCACAUGAAGGAGCACCGGGGGGCCGAAGUGGUCGGGGUGACGGGCUUCUGCUGGGGAGGCAUGAUCGCCAUGAAAGCCGCGUCUCUUGACCCUGACGCCGAGGGAGGCGUCAAGGCGGGCGGCACUGUGCACCCGGCCAUGCUCUCGGCUGAACUCGCGCAAGACGUGAAGGUACCCGUGCUGAUCAUGCCGUCAGGGGAGGACCCCGACCACCUCCCCGUGAAGGAGGUCUUGGACAAGAAGCCGUUCGGCGACAAGUGCCAGUACCGCCGGUUCGACGACAUGCACCAUGGAUUCUGCGCGGCCAGGGGCGACUGGGCGAACGCUGUGCAAGCGACCAGGGCCGCCGAGGCUAUCGACGCGUUCGUCAAGUUUUACACUGCCAACCUCUAGGCUGUACUCGUCACCCCGAUGGGCAGAGCAUCUGCAUGCCCGAGGCGGUGUGUGUUUCAAAUUGUUUUAUAAGCAAGCCGACGAAUAUCGUCGGUAUUGAAUCCAUGAUAAUGUGUGCGAUGGGGCACGAGUAAGAGCAUACGUAGGGCGAGAGAUGGGGCGGUUCCCACUAUUGUGCCGUGGUAUACCCCCCCCCCCUCCCCAAGCGUUUCAUUGAUGCAUCCUCCUCGUGAUGGACUAAUUGAGGCUUGGAAACAGGUCCAGGGGGGGUGGUAUCUUGUGUCACCUACGGUAUCCCCCAGGCAUUCCUUCCGCAGUGUUGUAGCCGCAGUCACCUCGGUUGGUAGGAGGCACGUCUGAUACUUUUUGCCGAUGAAACCUCCGCGGUGAUUCGUCUCCCUUGAACAACGGAUUGAUUACGAAACUCGUCCCCGGUCCCCUUGAAAACGACGUUUGUUUGUUGGGCCGUUGGUUGGGGGUUCCGUGGCAUGCAAUGAGGGGGAAUACCUGUCCAGUAGUCCAGACAAGUUAAUGUGCGAACAGUCCAGCAACGAAGGGACUUUCGGCUCGUCUGUUGAUUGGGGGUUCCGUGGGAUGCAACGAGGGGGGAUAGCAACCCAGGUAGGCCGGAUGUUAUAGUGCGAACGGUCCAGCGUCCGGCUUGCCCCGGCUUCGGUGCGUUGUCCCUGCUAGGGUGCUUGCUUCUCGCGGUGUUGGGAAACUUCUUGAGGUGGUGUUGGUUUGGCUUCGUACCCUGGCCGUCUGUGAGAAGAAUGCUUCCGCAGAGCCUUAGGGAAACGAGGUCCGUGCUGUAAUAGCUUGCCCGCAGCAACGUAUCUUCAUGUUCGUGUCUGAUUGAAGGUGUUUCGGAGUGUCUGUUAACCAUGUCAGUAGACGUGACCACGGUUUGGUGCGAUGCGGUUUUGCUUUGCAGCACAGAGAAACAACGGAGCGAUUCUUCCAUGU